AUGUCGUCGCAUCAUAGUGCUAGCAAGCCUAAUGUUAGAACCGAGACAAUCAAGAGUGGUAUUUUUUCAACAUAUAAAUUCGGAAACCACGACUUGAAGGUCCUGAAUGACUGCACAGUAGAAUUGGAUCUGGUGACCUUGGAUAAGUUAUUUGGCGAUCAUUUCUCAAUUGAAUCAACUGAUUCUCAUGAAGAAAAAUGGAUCUAUUGGCAAAUAACAGAAGGGAGAGUUAUAAAUGGAAAGACUAACUUUUCCCUUUCAAGAUAUCAUCCUACUUGUAAGAAAAUGCCGUACCACACGUUGAGCAACAAAAGAAUUUGGAUUACCAAUUAUACCGCUGGCCAACAAUACAAAACGGUACGUGAUCUAAUUAAAAGUACCAGUGCGAUUGAGGCAUUUGCACAGAACGAAAGUCACUGGAAACUUGAUUGGAACAAGGAGGAGGGUCGGCUUGCCCUUGAGAAAAUGAGUAAUGGAAAAUCAAAGGGAAGAGAACACUCCCGAUCCCGCUCCAGCUACAAGAGACUGGAGAGCGAGACUGGCAAUGAAAGUUCAAAGAGCACGUCUGGCAACGAGGCAUUGGGAAUAGGGGAGACUCGCUCGCAUAGAUCAAUGCCAAGCCCUCUUCCUGGCUAUACACAUUCACUUGUUGAAAGCCAAAAUUCGGAAAUGGCUUGGAGUGGUAGACCCGAACCGAUAGAUUUGUCUUUGUCCAUAGGUAUCCACAGAAAAGAUCGAAAUGUUCGAUACUACGGAUAUAUGCUGACAAAUAGUACACGGUUUGCUCUAUGGUGGGAUGAAAUAGCCGAUAUAUUACUCUCAAAGGGAAUUAUCAAACCCCCCAGCGCGAAAGGAUCGAAGGGGCAAGGCAAACUCAUCGAGGAAGGCAACAGGAUAAUGAUUCAAUUUGACACUGGCUCAGUUAAAUCCAAAGUAGGUGAGAAAAAAUAUUCUGUAUCAUAUAUCUCCAACCUAUGUGAUGCGAUUCAAGGAACUCCAAAUGAUUCAUGUACCCAUGAAAGAUACAGGGUGAAGACUUAUUCGCUUCUCGAAUACAAACAUGGUAUUGCGGCCGACGAACAAUACCCUUCGAUAUCUAUUCGGAAUAGACUUAGGUAUGAAGUCGCAUGUAAGGAUAUCCUAAGAGGACUUGGCAAAUUAAUAGGAGAGACAGACGGAGAAGGUAUCUUGGCUAAAAACAAAGGUGAAAUAUGGAAACUCAUCCAGAAAAGUGAUGGAGCCUAUCUCUCGAAAUCAAACUCCACACAACUCCCCAUAACAAUACAUUCACAUGCAAAGCAUCAAUCGGACACUUCGUCAAGCGUAUAUUAUUCUUUUAGCGAAGAAUCACAAGGAACUAGAAGGCUCAAAUCUCACUCUGCUCAUAAAAGUCCUCCUAGUGUCAGCAGUCGUGACGGCAGUAACCAGGACAGAGCACCACCGCAAAUGAAACUUGAACCCUUUCGUGCCAGAAGCGUCGCAUUCGCAGCACCCGAGGGACAUAUCAAAAACAACCCAGACUGCAACAAAAGUCGCGAACCACACAGAGCUGCCACCUCAGGCUCGCGCUUCGGCGUUGAGUCAGAUGCCGUGGAACAAAAUAUCUCUUUUUACCAUCCUCCAACAUCCAGUCAUGGGAAUUCAGGCUCAAGUAUACAUCCACACGCACAAACACAAACAGAAGAGCCGAAAGAAAGAGAACGAAAAUCCUCAAAAUUUAGGGUACCCAAAUUUUUCAAGAACAAACAGGAUUCUAGCGACGGACAAGAAUAUAGCAGCAGACAGGAGAGAACACGCGAUAGGCACAUGAGAAGGGAAGUGAGAAGGGAAGAGAGAAGGCAAAAGCGGAGAGAGAAAAAGCUGGCAGAGAAAGAGAGGAAGGAUAAAGAACGGGAAGAGGAAAGGAAAUGGAGGGAGGAAAUCAAGCAGAUGAGAAAUAGGAGAGGUCCUUCGGAGUGGGGAUGGAAUGAUGGGCGUGAAGAGAGGCCUAGGAAAUCCUCGACUCGUGGGAAGUUGACUUUCACGUUUUCUAUCGAGGGAAAGGGUAGAAGACGGAGGGGAAGUGAUGUCUGA